CACACACACACACACACACACACACACACACACACACACGGACACAGUGAGACACAUUACCCUUGUUGAUAUCAACAUGUUUAGUCUUUUUCACAAACCUUUUACUUUGCACGGACAUACUUACAGUAAAUUAUUGCAUGUAAAGUAUAGUUGAUAAGAGACAGUUGUUGUAAUGUAUGUGUUAAUUAAUAUGAAGUUUGAUUGUUUUAUAAAAUGUUUAUUUUGUACUAAAUACAGACAUGCAAAUACAGCUGAUGUUUGACUUGUUUGUAUUUUUAUUUAAAUUUUUAUAAUUGUUCUUGUUUCCAUCUAUUGUACAUGUUGUGUUGAUUCUAGAUCAAUGACAGUCUGCCAUCAUGGACACAGUGGAAUGUACACAUGCCUUAUGACAGGUGGCCAUAUAAUAGAAUGGGAGAGAUUGAAGGCAGACUAGUGGUAGGAGGUUAUGAUUGUAAUCUGCAUGUUCUCACUUCUGAACAUGAUAAGUGGGACAAGUUUGUCAGAAAGAAUGGUGACAUCAGGAAUGUAGUGUGUCAUCAAGGUGUGUGUCUGAUGUGUGUGAAGGAUGGAGAUAAAGAUCAGUUUGUGAUUGAACAAUUUCAUUUGAAUGAAGACAAGAAAUGGCGUUUCCUCACAGUUCUACCAAACGAACUGCAGUUGUAUGGUGUAUCUGUUGCUCUUCAUGACAACUCACUGUAUGUGGUGGGUGGUAGGACUGAGUCAGGGGAGAUAGUGAACACAGCACGUGUGUGUGACCUUCACAGCGGUCAUUGGUAUAAGAUGGAUGACAUGCAAACAAAGCGUAGUUCCUGUUCUUCUGUUAUUAUAAACAACACAGUGUUUGUAGGGGGAGGAAAGACUGAUGGACCUUACUUUAGUAAUAUUGUUGAGUGUGCAGAUGUUCGUGAUAGAAAAUGGAGAACAAUCCCCUCUACAACCACAUAUUGGCCUACACUAACGUCAGUCAGUAACAGACUGGUGGGGACUGGAGGAGACACACAACAACAUUGGCUGUAUUCUUCUCUUUCUAAUAUUGUAGAAUUAUAUGAUGAGAGAUCUACCAAAUGGCUUCCUCUUCCACUCAUGACACACAAACGGGUGGCACAUGCUGCAUUCUCAACUCAGAAUGGAGAACUCAUCACAGCAGGAGGGGCGGGUGGUGACUAUUCAAUAGAAUAUGAAGAUUCAAUAGAAAGUCUUAAGUGUGACUAAUAUUUGCAUUUUCUUUCAAUUUGUGUGUAUUUGUUAUAUUAUAAUCUCUAGUGUUUGUAUAAAGACAAUUUGGUGUGAAAUUUAGUGUGUGUAACAUAAACUAGAUCGUGAACGUUGUUUUCUUAAUUAGUAGUCACGUGAUUUGCAUUUUGAACGAGCAGUGGUGAAGUGGAAAAAGGAAUGCAAGCGUUGAA